GUGAGCUGUCAAUCAGCGCGGCCCGCCCAGGUGCUCCGCAGACGGGAAGCGCUUAUGUGUUUCGCAGCCUCCCCCAGCAGCUGUGCAGUGGGACCUCUGCGGCUUCACGCAGGACCACCAAACGACAAAAAGGGCCAAAAAUGUGAAGGAUUAAGCAGCUUUGCAUCGCUUGUUUAAAGUAUGUGUGCUUUGGAAGCCUUAAAAAAGAAAGAAAGAAAGAAAAGAAACAAUGCGUAAAGUUGCAGCUGCGCACCACGGACGUCCAGUAAUCUGUGCGUAAAAGUGAGAGACACUGAGGAGAGAAGUAAAACUUCGGCGGGGGAUUUUUAUUUCUUUCAGCGAAAUGGAUACGAAAGACUGAGAAGGAAGGAAGGAAUUAUUAUUAUUGUUGUUGUUGUUAUUUACUCUGAUGUGGAGCGUUAAAGCUGCUAAAAGGGACACGCUCUGUGAAUCUGUCCGCUAUGCAGACUUGAGGUAAAAAGUAGGACAUCGCCGCUCUACAACUUUUUCCUGCCAUGCAUCUGUUAUGAUCGACCUCAGCUCUGAGGCUCUCUGAUGCCACAGCUCCAGCGGAGUCUGGAGUCACCUUUUACCGCUUACACCCAGCAGUCUACCUCUCACCAUCACUAUCGGCAUGGACGAAAGCGUUGAGAACUUAGCUGGCAACAGCUGCGCGGACGCGGAGAGCGUCGGCCUCAGCGUGCUCAACUGGGAGCAAGUGCAGCGGCUGGACGCAAUCCUGACGGGCUCAAUACCCAUCCACGGCCGGUGGAGCUUCCCCACUCUGGAGGUGAAGCCGCGGGACAUCGUUAAUGUUGUCCGUAGCCGCAUGGAAGAGAAGAGGAUACACGUCCGGGAGGUGCGCCUGAACGGAUCCGCGGCCAGCUACGUCUUGCAUGAGGAUAGCGGUCUGGGAUGGAAAGAUUUGGACUUAAUAUUCUGCGCGGACCUGAAGGGAGAGUUGGAGUUUCAGUUAGUAAAAGAAUUGGUCCUGGACUCUCUUCUGGACUUUCUGCCUGAAGGGGUAAAUAAAGAGAAGAUCACACCUCUGACCUUAAAGGAAGCUUAUGUUCAGAAGAUGGUGAAGGUUUGCAAUGACUCAGACCGCUGGAGUCUUAUCUCGCUCUCCAACAACCACGGCAAAAACGUGGAGCUGAAGUUCGUUGACUCUCUCCGCCGGCAGUUUGAGUUCAGCGUGGACUCCUUCCAGAUCCGCCUGGACUCCCUCCUCCUCUUCUACGAGUGCUCCGAACACCCCAUGGCCGCCACCUUCCAUCCGACGAUCAUCGGCGAGAGCGUCUACGGAGAUUUCCCCACCGCACUCGAUCACCUGCGGAAGCGGCUCAUCUGCACCCGGAGCCCCGAGGAGAUCCGGGGUGGCGGUCUCCUCAAGUACUGCCACCUGCUGGUGCGAGGUUUCCGCGCAGCGUCCGACGCGGAGAUGAAACUGCUGCAGCGGUACAUGUGCUCCCGCUUCUUCAUAGAUUUCCCCGAUGUGGGUGAGCAGCGGAGGAAGCUGGAGUCCUACUUGCAGAACCACUUUGUGGACCUGGAGGAGAGGAAGUAUGACUAUUUGGCCACGCUGUAUGACGUGGUCAGGGAGAGUACGGUGUGCUUGAUGGGACACGAGAGGCGCCAGACGCUCAGCCUCAUCUCGUCGCUGGCACUUCGAGUCCUGGCUGAGCAGAACGCCAUUCUCAACGCUGCCAAUGUAACCUGCUUCUACCAGCCGGCUCCUUAUGUGUCAGAUGGCAACUUCAGCAACUACUAUGUAGCGCAGGUUCAGCCGAUCUACUCUUGUCCACUUUCACCUUCCCAGCAGUACUUUACUCCUUUGCAACAUUCCUGGUAUGCCACCUGGAUGCCCUGUAACUAAACUUCCUGGAUGCCCAUGUAGUUUUGUGGAACUCGUGUCUGCAUGGCAAGAAUGCAUCUUCUUGUCUUUAGUGUGAAACGAAACUGUUCCCUGGGUCAGGGUGCACAGAGAGAGAGGACUUAAAACUGAUUGGUUUGUGGGUUUGGUAGAUCAAAUGUCUGCUGAACCACGAAGCCCUUCAAGAUACGAUAACUUUGUUAAUUUUCCACAGCUUACAGGAAGUUGCAUGCACAUCUGAGCAUUAAAAACCCAGAAUAUUCAUCUCAUCGAAACAAAAGGCACCAGAGCAGCCUGGUGAAAAUAUGGAUUCAUUCACAUGGUUUCUUCUGCUCUGUGCAUGUGUUGGUGUGUGUGUGCAUGCGAGUGUGUCUGUUUGGGUGUGUAAGAGUCUUUACGCAGGCAAUGCAAAAAAGAGGAACUGGGUACUGUUUACAAAUCCAAAGAUCUGCUUUAAUGCUCAAGUUUUCUAAAAAUCACGCAGUAAAAAAAAAAAAAGAACCAACAAAACAAUGCAUGUUUUAUUUCU